GCGCCUCAUCCUUGCUGACGUGAACGAUGCAGACUCUUAAAGGGGAAGAGAAAGAGUGCAAAUCAAAAUAGAUUCAUUUACAGAGCACUCCGUACUGAGUGGGAUUGGGACGCAGCCCAGGCUCUCUCUCUCUCUCUCUCUCUCUCUCUCUCUCUCUCUCUCUCGCACACGCACACACACAUCCUGGAGCAGAUACAGCACACAGGAGAAUCAGGGUGUAACAGCACAAUGCCAGCUCCAUGUAUGAGCCUGGCAGGGCAGCAGAGGAACUGGAGGCAGGCUGGCAAGGUGACGUUCCCCAGGCUCUCCAUCCUUCCAGAAGAAGACAAGAUGAAAGGAUCCAACCUCGAUGUGAAGUCCAAACCGGAGCAGAAGCGAGCGUCCUUUUCUCCCUCAGCACAGAUGAGUAACCUCAGAAGAAACGGAAACGCUGCUGCUGCUGCAGAGUCCCACACGCUGAAGGUAGACGAGAGACUGCGACUGGCUCGAGAACGGAGAGAGGAGCACCUCAAACAGCUCGCAUCACGGGAGCACAGCUGGCUGGUCCGGGAGGAGAGAGCCCGGAGGUACUACGAGAAACACCUGGAGGAGCGUCGGAAAAAGCUGGAGGAGCAGAGGCAGAGGGAGGAGAGGAGGAGGAACGCGGUGGAGGAAAAACGCAGACAGAGGCUCAAAGAAGAGCGAGAGCGGUACGAGUCUGUGGUGCAGAAGACCAUGGAGAGGAGCCAGAAAGCCAAACAGAGAAGCACACAGAGGAGAGUGUGCAACCCCAAGAACAACACAAACGCUAAACGUCGCUCUCUUAGUCAGUGGGAGAUAAACCUGGUUAAUCGCCUUCAGACUCCUACCAUCUCUUAUCUAGCCAGGAGCAGGAGUGCCAUAUGUCUGUCCAGAGAAGAAGUUGUUCAUAUUUGUCGACGUGCAGUUUCAUGCCACACUAUGAGCAAUAGCAGUCCUCAGAAACCUGGUGGAGCAUCGGCACACUGCAAGGCUCUCAGGCCCGGGGUGAAGGAUGGCAGCCACCAAACCUCCGGGAAUAAACCGGGUUCAAAUCUCGAGAGGCGAGAACGGAAAAAGCCCCAUUCUCACUCGGCGAGAGUUAAAGUCAGCUCCACAUCAGGGACAGAGAACAAAACAAUAUCCUCGUUAACAGGACUGAGGCUGACUCCGAGAGUGUCCCCCAGUCAGGAGUGUUUGCCCGCCCUGCCUGAGGAGGAAAAUCCCAGGCCAGAGAGCACAGUGAACUCCCAUCGGCCUCAACGUGACCAGCCAGCUGCUGUGUGCUCGCACGAGGAUGUUGGGUGUGAUGGACUGGUCCGGGAAAUCCCGGGCUCUAACAGACCUCCGGCUGCUCCUGGAUGCCCUCGCACUCCUAACGAGCCAAGUGUCGGAACCCAGAGCAGACCCUCAGCAGGAACCACAGACCCUGAAGAGGCUUCACGUCUGCUGGCGGAGAACAGACGACAAGCUCGGCUGCAGCGAGAGAGGGAGGAAGAAGAACGCAGGCAUAGGGAGGAAACAGAGCGGCGAGGGAGAGAAGAAUUGGCCCUUCGGAGAGCUGAGGAGCGAGCGAGGCAUGAGGCGGAGGCCCGGUGUGAGGAGAAAAGGAGGAGGGAGGAGGAGGAGGAGCGAAGGAAGGCAGAAGAGGAGAAGGCUCAGAAGCAAAGAGAGGAGGAGAGGAGACUUCAACAACAGAAGGAAGAAGAGGAGGAGAGGCAGAAGCUCGAGAGAGAGACGCGGUUCCAGAGAGAGGAAACCGAGCGGCAGGAGAGGAAGAAGCGGUUAGAAGAAAUUAUGAAAAGAACAAGGAAGACAGAUGCUGAGAUGAAACCUCAGUUGUCGUCUGUGCCACCGAAUGAGAACGUGACGUCCCUCCGUAGCCUCCCCUUAGAAGAAGUGAUCAAGCUUCCCAGCCCGGCCAAGGGCUCCAUGAUGAGCUUAGCCAACGAGGAGGACAUUCUUCCUGCAGUGGCCUUCAAGGAGCGCAGGUCCAUCCGCACCCUCACGGGUCUGGAGGAGAUCCAGGCCCAUCAAAGGGCAGAAGUCAUCUAAAGAUGAGAAGAUCUCCAAGGAACCUGCAACUCUGUACUUUAUGUAUGAAAACAAGCAGAAACGCUUCACCUGCACUUUAAGAACCCUCGACACCUUUCGCACCUUUGAAGUGAAACAGAAGUAUUUGACCCCCUGCUGAAACGUUAUUUAUUUUGUCCUUGGCGUUUUGGUAACUCGCUACUUAACUAAUGACUUCCCAGUGUAACCUUUUACGGAAAACUUCAUAAACGUGACACAACCACGUCAAACCCGUGUCAUGGCGCAUCGUCAUGUCCAGACUUGUCACGUCAGCGUUACAGAUAACUGUCCGCUUACAUCACGUGCUAAGUUCUUGCUAAGUGUCCUCUAGCUAGCAUGUGCGUUAUAGUAAAGGUAGAUGUUAAGGUAAACAUGCUUUAUAAUGCUGCCAUAGACUUAGCGGUAACAUGUCAUAAUGCAACUCAUAACAUUUUAUGAUAUAUAUGUAAGGAAUAAUACACUCGGGGGGGGUGCUGUUUUUUUUUAAAUAAUCAACAGUGCAUCCCGAUGUGAAGCAGUGUUAAAUUUCCAUUUAAACCACACAGCUGAUUCAGAACAGCUCAGUUUGUGAUGUCACAACACAGGAUUUUUAACCAAUCACUUCCGAUAUGCAAAUUACCAAAGGAUAACGUGAUAUCUGAAAACAUUUAGCCACAGAACUAGCUAUUCUGGCUAAUCUUAGUGACUAGCCAAAUCGUGUUUGAUAGAUAAACCUCGUAUUUUGACACGUUUGGCUGUGUUUUAAUUAAACAGUGAGGAAUUGAGGAUAAAAAUCAAGACUCUGAUGCUAAAACGCCACUUGUGUCAACCUGUGACAAAUGUGAGCUGGUUUACUAGCAGCUAACUAACGGUUAGCUAUUUAAUAUGGAACUCAUGUUACUGUUACCACCCUGAAGUGAAAGCGGAUUAUUUUCCUAUAACAACAUAUCCGGAAGUGUUUUACUCCUCUUAUAAUAUUUACAAUAUUAUUUAUUAUUUAUUAAAGAAAGACACAUCGUAAUUUUUAUCCAAUUGUAGUUACAUUUAAACAAGUUAAAUCCUGUUCUCACUUACGUUAUAGCAGCUAUAAACACUCGUUUCCUCACCAGCCUCGCUGUUUUCUCUUGAAAUUCGAAAAAAGAAAGUAAAAACUGGCUGUUACAAAGCACUGACACUGGAGACUCCUUCCGUAAAUGGUCAAUUGAACAUUUUUUCUUAAAUAACAACAUAUUACAAGUCUGUUUUUAAAAAAAAUUAUUAUUAUUAGUUUAUGAUCAACGUCUGCCGUACAAGACCCCGUGAAUGAGCUGUUACUAUAGAAACCAUAAUGUAUUAGAACCUGCUAGCCAAUCAGAGAUGAGUAAUGUUGUAUCAACGUUAUACAACAUGUCAUAUCAUAAAACCUAUGCAAACUAGAGCACUGGUAACAUUAGCUAGCUAUCAUGUCAUCAAACGUUAAGAAAGUUGUCAUUGUAAUAAACCUGGCAGUAUCGUUUCUGUCAUGACGGGUUUAUAACGUGGUUAUGUCAGCCUUAUGACGCAUGCUUCAGAGAAAGUGUUACCCGACGAGCUUCACCUGAAACGUGAAGAUGCUUUCGAGGAGAAAUGUUAAGUGUUUAAUCUAUAAACAGUACACACACUGAUGUACAGACUUCUUACUUGUUACGUAUACAAGCGUACGACUUCGGCUUCGGGAACCUCCGUUGUGAAGCGGUUGUUUUGUGUUUAUUAGUACGAAAUCGAAGUGCUUUUGCGUCAGAUGUGCUUUGCUGUGCGGUACUACACCCUGCUGCUGGGAUACGAGCGCUGAGCUCAGCUGCUUCAUCAGUAAACUUUACAUUUAGCUUUGCUGCUAAUCAGCUAUUCCAAAUAAGAGUAAGAACAUAACCGUCCUGGGUUUCCCAAAAGCAUUGCACCACAGAGAUCAUUAUUAAAUGGUCGAGCGAGCAUCACAUUGAUCUCUCUCUUUCUCGAUCUCUCUAUCUCUCGCUCUCUGUCAACCAGUUAAGAGGAUUUAAUUGUCAUUUCUUUUUGGGGAAAGUGUUCUCCAUUUUUUUUUUUUUUUUUUUUUUUGUUAGUUUUUAUUUUUAUUUUUAUCAAGCUAUAUUCCAGUAGAAUAACAGAUCUUCUAGCAUCGGUACAGAUCUGAGCUUGUGCCAUGACGAAUUAUGCAUAAUUAAAACAGUGAAUAUGGAAUGUACAUGUAAUGCAGUGUUUUAUUAGUGUAAAUAAACUCGCUUUAAAAUGAG